AUGCUCUCUAUCCUAGACUUGGUUGGCCAGGAUCCAGAUAUCAUUGAGUUUGGUAACAUUACCUAUCAAUACUCCUUACCGGAACCAGACAAGUUGAGCUUUUACAUUGAAGAUGGGGUAAGAUUCUACAACUACUCUGAAGGAAUUAAGCCCCCUUCCGGGUUUUGGGAGGAGCGCGGAGCUGCUGAGAAUACCCAAACUGAGAAUAGCGAUCGUUCUCGCCCUGAUACUCGAAGCUUUGCAUGGAUCAAUUGUCCCGACCUUUGUCAAUGUGAACAGGAAACCUCUUAUACCUGGGAAACUGUGAACUAUCAGGUGGUCUCAGGCAACACACAUCAAGUUUCAGAUCCCCUCUGUCCUCCUGGAAGUAUCGGGAAGUCAUACGCCUAUACUUACUCGUACUGUGUCUCAAUCCAAGAAGGCCCAGACUUGAAAAUACCUGUUGAUUAUCUCGACAAACUUGGCAUAAGGGCCGGCUUCUCCUAUACGUGGGGCCACGCUACGGCAACAUCAUACACGGUUACCUACAGCGAUAGUAGCCAGCUACAUCCUUUUAUUGAGACUUUUCGCCCUAACAUUUUUGUUGCAAACGGAAUAGCUAGAGUGAUUAAGAAAACGAAAGACGGACGUAUUUGUAGCACAAGUGAGCCCAGUCACAUGAACAUCCAUCUCCCGUUGGUUCAGGGAGAGAACAACAACUGUCAAGAUGCAAGCUCAUCAUGUGGUGCCGCUGCCGAAAAACAAUAA